UAAUUCUAAUUUUUCAGUCUUAAUUUUCUUGUAUUAAAGUGUGUGUAACUAAUAUAUUACUUUGUGCCUACACCUUGUAUAUAUGUGUAAUGGAUGUAUGUAAUUUGACAGCAGAUCACCUACUGCGCAUAAUUGUCAAUUCAUAGGUUCGUUUCGUCAUAAUUUUUGUGUUUCGAAAUAUGAGAAACAAAAAUUGUUGCAACCGUUCUGUAACCGAGUGUACAUACUCACUUUUCAAACUUCUCGCAGCUGUUUACGGCGUAACGCGGUUAUCGGUACUGUCCACUAGUAUGACCAACGUACGAGUAUAAAAUUUCCGAUAGAGAGGUAGAGUGACGAAAAAAAGACAGAGAGAGAGAGAGAAAGGAAAAGAGAAGGUGCUGUGGAAAAGUCAACAAUUUGUCGAAAACAUCGCAGAUGCGAGAGCUCGCAACGUGCGCAUAGAAAAGGAGAGAGAGGAAGCGAAUCUUUUAUAUUUUUAUUCUCGUUUAAAUAGGAUAUACUGGUCGUUUGUUGCAUUUAGCGGUAUCCGCUUGUACGUUUGUAUCUCAGCAACUGAAAACAUGUCCAAUAAAUUCGAAACCGCUUACAGAUUGAAGGCUACCGAGGACAGCGGAGACGAGGAGUCCCAAUCAAAGGAUAAUCAAAAAGUCGACAAGGGUCCACUACCUCCGAUAGAAAUAAGUCCAAACGAACAUAAAUUACAGUAUGCUUAUGCACUCUGGUAUAGUCGACGUAGUCCUGGCAAACAAACUAGCAUACAAAGUUACGACCAAAAUUUAAAGUUGAUUGGUAGAUUUGCCAGUGUGGAGCAGUUUUGGGGUCUUUAUAGUCAUUUAUUACGACCUUCAGAAUUAACUACACAUACAGACUUUCAUCUUUUUAAAGUUGGCAUAAAGCCUAUGUGGGAGGAUGAAGCCAAUCAAAAAGGUGGUAAAUGGAUAGUAAGAUUACGAAAAGGUUUAGUAUCUAGAUGUUGGGAGAAUCUUAUAUUGGCGAUGUUAGGAGAACAAUUUAUGGUAGGGGAAGAAAUAUGCGGAGCUGUUGUAUCUAUAAGGUUUCAGGAAGACAUAAUAUGUGUAUGGAAUAAGACAGCGUCGGAUGUAGCGACAACAGCGCGGAUUAGAGAUACGUUAAGAAGAGUAUUACAUCUUCCAACUAGUGCCUCUAUGGAGUACAAAACCCACAAUGAGAGCUUGAAGAAUGUACAUCGGCUCUAAAUUUGUAUGAUUUUCGAGCACGAAAUGUUACGAGUCUUCGGACAAACUCACAGCUCUGAUUCGUAUCUCCCGGAAGAUCGCACAUCUGUUUGACAGGAUAUAAAUAAGACGCUGAAAAAUCAGAAACAUCCAUUUGACGGUACACUUUAUUCACAAGUGUCUGUAUUGUAACUUAUGUAAAUAAUAGAUACACUCAUUGGUAAUAAAUAAAUGCUCUUAUUUCCAAACUGUGCAAUAUCGAAAUAGCUUAUUCUUACGAUUAUUUUUACACACUUUUUAUCUCUAUCUAAUUUCGUGAAAAUAAAUCUUGAAAUAAUUUCCUCUCUCACCCCAAUUUAUUCUUCUACAUUAAUCGCAAAACAGUAUCCGUAAAAUAAAUUCAUCGAAUUUCAACCAUUAAUAUUUGAACUUUACUUUCUCAUGAUCUAGUUUCUCGUUAUAGGUGUUAUAUAUAUAUUAUAUCUUAAUCUCUUCCAAUGAUAGAAUAAAACAACAGGGAAAAUGUACUCUGUAUUGCAAACAUAUUUAAUACUUAAAACUCAAGCCAACUUUAUACAUAGGAAGACCAGCUGUACAUGAGAUCAUGUCACACGAUGACUAUUGCGAAUGAAAAACUGUAUCACAAUAACUCUAUAUACAACAUCAAGAUUUUCGUAAGAGUUAGCGCGAGGUGUGCGGAUAUGAAUAUUUUUAUGUUAUAUCGUAUUUUAUAUUAUGUUACAUGUGUAUCUUUCAUUACGUUAUAAACAAUUU